GCUCGGGUAGCCAGCCGAGAUCCCGGGCCGUCGAGGGUUCCGGCGAGCUUGCGGGCAUGAGCUGGACCCUGGGCCGAGCGGUGGCGGCUCUGCUCCGCUGGGGGAGCGGCGCGGGCGGCGGCGGCCUGCGGGGUCCCGGCGUGCGGGUGGCGGGCUCGGGCGCGGGCGGCGGCAGCGGCUCGUCGGAGCGGCUGGACGCUCUGGUGAAGAAGGAUAAGGUGGUGGUCUUCCUCAAGGGGACGCCAGAGCAGCCCCAGUGCGGCUUCAGCAACGCCGUGGUGCAGAUCCUGCGGCUGCACGGCGUCCGCGACUACGCGGCCUACAACGUGCUGGACGACCCUGAGCUCCGACAAGGCAUUAAAGACUAUUCCAACUGGCCCACCAUCCCACAAGUGUACCUCAAUGGCGAGUUUGUGGGGGGUUGUGACAUUCUUCUGCAGAUGCACCAGAAUGGGGACCUGGUGGAAGAACUCAAAAAGCUGGGGAUCCACUCCACCCUUUUAGAUGAAAAGAAAGACCAAGACUCCAAAUGAGGGCAACCGGGUCCUCACUGUGCAGAGAGGGAGCCGAUGACGUCAGAGAUGCACUGCCGGAAAAGCCUUACUGAUUUGGGGCUCACUAUUAAAAAAGGCAACUGCUUGCACUGACUCUUUUGGUUGUUAACAGUCGGUGAUUUUAGUUUGUCUGGUGUUUGGGCUAAGAAUAUUCUAUUGUGAUCUUAAUUGCAACCACUGCACUGUAAUAAUUCG